GUUUGCUGUUGGGAUUCAGUUCUGUCUCUGGAUCUCUGUACCCUCCCAGAAAUGCAGAACUGUCGGAUCAGAAAUCUUUCCUCACAAGAUUUUAUGCUGACUUCCUCGUCUGGCCGCUGCAGGACUCGGAGCUUCUCUUCACUUUGCUUUUUACUCCCUCGCCUCAUGCUCCUCCGACGUUUUCUCCUUACGGGAGCUCUGCUCUCAUUGGCUGGACCUCUACUGGUCGCCAUGGAGACCUGUCCAGCAAUGCCAGGGAUGCCAGGUAUUCCUGGACUUCCGGGUCGAGACGGCCGCGAUGGGCAGACAGGAGAAAAAGGAGAUCCAGGAGCAGAACGGACCGGCAGCCUGGGGCCUCAGAAGGGCCUGAAGGGGGAACCGGGCCCGGUGGGACCGCUCGGCAAACGGGGCCCGUCAGGGGAACCGGGCAGCGCAGGGAUUCCCGGGCCUCCAGGAGAGCCAGGAGAAGCUGGGUCGGCUGCGGCGCAGCAGAAGGCGGCCUUCAGUGUGGCCAGAGCAACGUCCGAGUUUCCUGCUAAAAGCAGCACAAUUCGCUUCACUAAAGUCAUAACCAACAUCGAGAACGACUUCAGCACAGAGACGGGACACUUCAGGUGUCGGGUCCCGGGGAUGUACUACUUUGUGUAUCACGCUUCUCUGGAGGAUAAACUCUGCGUGCAGCUGAAGCUCGACAACAAUCUGCUCACGUCAUUUUGUGAUCAUCGCCGCAAAAAACAGGUGAUGUCAGGCGGGCUGGCCGUCUACGUGUCUCAGGGUCAGGAGGUCUGGCUGGAGACCAGGGAGCACAGAGGGAUGACAGGAAGAGGCAACGGCUACAGCAUCUUCUCUGGGUUUCUGCUGCAUCCUUACUGACCUGCAGCACGGACGCAACAACAACCACCACACAAAUUCUCCUUACUUUCCCACUUUGUGUGUCUCCUAUUCGGAUUUGACUGAAAACCCAAACUGAGAUGUUGAGAAUUUGUUUCAUUUGAAUCGAUUUCCUUGGUUGGAUUUAUCAUUUUUGUGUCACCAGUAAAAAGAUUUUCUGCUAAAACCCAA